AUGGCUGAUGCUCCUGAGCCUCUGCUGUUAUGGAAAGCCCAGACCAUCACCAGACCCCCUGCGUUCAACCACCAUCCGAGAGCCCAGACCAUUACCAGACCCCCUGCGUUCAACCACCAUCCGAGAGCCCAGACCAUUACCAGACCCCCUGCGUUCAACCACCAUCCGAGAGCCCAGACCAUUACCAGAUCUACUGCAUUCAACCACCAUCCGAGAGCCCAGACCAUCACCAGACCCCCUGCGUUCAACCACCAUCCGAGAGCCCAGACCAUUACCAGAUCUACUGCAUUCAACCACCAUCCGAGAGCCCAGACCAUCACCAGACCUACUGCGUUCAACCACCAUCCGAGAGCCCGGACCAUCACCAGACCCCUGCGUUCAACCACCAUCCGAGAGCCCAGACCAUUACCAGACCUACUGCGUUCAACCACCAUCCAAGAGCCCAGACCAUCACCAGACCCCUGCGUUCAACCACCAUCCGAGAGCCCAGACCAUUACCAGACCCCCUGCGUUCAACCACCAUCCGAGAGCCCAGACCAUUACCAGACAUACUGCGUUCAACCACCAUCCAAGAGCCCAGACCAUUACCAGAUAUACUGCAUUCAACCACCAUCCGAGAGCCCAGACCAUCACCAGACCUACUGCGUUCAACCACCAUCCGAGAGCUCAGACCAUUACCAGACCUACUGCGUUCAACCACCAUCCGAGAGCCCAGACCAUUACCAGACCUACUGCGUUCAACCACCAUCCGAGAGCCCAGACCAUUACCAGACCUACUGCGUUCCACAGUAG